CCAGACGUGGGAAUAAACCAGCCGACCGGAGACGUGGAAUGAACUUCGCCAGAGGCACAGCUCUUUCGACCCUCCACUGGCCGUGUCGGCCCUCAGCUAUAAGCGGCGGUGUCGGCGGAUGCCAAUUGGGAUCAGCCUGGAGCCUUCAGCAGCUGGGACGUCUUUCGAUUGCUCCUGUAACAAUCACCAGCCGCCAUGGAGAGCCAACAACACGCGAAACCCGGCGGCGGAGGCGACGAUACCGACCACGUCCCCAACGACGAGCCCGGCCUGCCGCUGGAGAAUUACGAAUUCACCUUUGACCUGGCGCAGCUGCCCGGAUCUGGCAACAUGAGCUUCAUCGAGCCAGAGCCUUGGACCAUGAGCGACACGGCGUCGUUGUCCGACAGCGUGCAGACGUUCCCCGAGGAGUUUGGGCGCACAUACCACGCCUACCGUGCCGGCUCAUACGCCUUCCCCAAUGACGCCUCGGAGCAGGAGCGCCUGGCUCUCCAGGGCCAGUGUAUCAAGAAGCUCCUGCGCGACAGGCUGUACUUUGCUCCCCUCUCGCGCGCGAAGCCGCCGCUGCGAAUCCUGGACAUCGCCACCGGCGUGGGCGACUGGGCCAUCGAGAUGGGCGACCUGUUCCCCGGAUCCAUGGUCAUUGCCACGGAUUUAUCCCCGAUCCAGCCGGUCGACGUGCCUCCGAAUGUGCAUUUCUACGUGGAUGAUUCGGCCGACCUAUGGGACUUUGCGCACAAAUUCGACUAUAUCCACACGCGAUCGACCGUCGGCUGCUGGGCCUCGUUCCAAAGCCAGAUCGCCGAGCAAGCGUUCGACGCCCUCGAGCCCGGCGGCUGGUUCGAGUCGCAAGAAGUCGACGGCAACGUGUGCUGCGACGACGACACCCUCGACCCGACUGGGCCUGUGGCAGCGUGGUUCAACGACCUCCUCGUCGCGUCAGAGCACGUACAGCGGCCCGCCAUCUUGGGGGCCACGCUGAAGGAGGUGUACGAAAAGGUCGGCUUCGUCGACAUCCACCAGCGCACCGUCAAGAUGCCCAUCGGCGGCUGGGCCAGGGACGCCCGCCUCAAGGAGGUAGGGUACAUGUGGGAGGCGAAUCUCCUGGAUGGACUGAGCGGCUUCUCAUAUCAGCUCUUUAACAGGGCAUUCAACAGAACGCCUGCGGAGAUUGAGCUAUGUCUCGUUGAUGUACGACAGCAUCUCGGCGACCCGCGUACCCACGCCUAUAUGCCGGGGUUUAUUGUAUGGGGAAGGAAGCCAUAUCCCGGCGAAGUGUCGGGAGCUGCAGCGGAGGGGAAGUAGUAAAAUUCCGACGUGGAUAAUGAAACCGCGGGCAAGGGAAAGAGUAGACGGGGCGCUAUAAAGAUGGUCUAUUAGUUAGUAUCGCUAAUAAUAGAAUAAUGAAAUAAUAUACGGUAAUAUAUAUCAGAUAAUAU